AUGAAACGACGAACGAAUUUUGACAGCAUAAAAAUACGAAAGUCUAUUCGACGAUCUCGUCUAACUGAUGGUAUUUAUGGAAGUGCAUUAAUGUAUCUCAAAUUCAUUUGUAUUUGGGGUAUUGUAAUGGCAGCAGAUUAUCUACUUGAAUUUCGCUUCGAAUAUCUUUGGCCGUUUUGGCUUGUAUUACGAAGUAUCUAUGAUUCAUUCAAAUAUCAAGGAUUACUUUUCUCAUCAUUCUUUGUACUUAUCGCAUUCAUAGCCGAUCUCAUUUGUUAUAUAUUACUACCUAUUCAAUGGCUAUUCUUCGCUGCAAGUAGUUAUGUAUGGGUACAAUAUGUGUGGCAAACAGAACGUGGAAUCUGUUUGGGUACAGUUGUUCUCUGGGUAUUAUUUGUAUGGCUUGAAGCAUCAGUACGACUACGUGAAAUUAAAACGAUUGAUCUUUGUCGACCAUUUGCCGCACAUUGUAUCGGUUAUCCAAUGGUGACAUUGGGAUUUGGUUUUAAGACUUAUCUUGCUUAUAAAUGGAGACUGAGAAAACAACGUGAAGUUCAUAAAGUAAAUGAAUCAUACAUCCAGUUAAUAAACCAAGCAUUGCCAAUAGAAGUACAACAAGAAGCGGAAAAAGAAAGAUUAAGUCGAGAGAAAGGAAUCGAAUUUCUUCUUAUGAGCUUCUAUUUUGUACAGAGAAAACAACGUGAAGUUCAUAAAGUAAAUGAAUCAUACAUCCAGUUAAUAAACCAAGCAUUGCCAAUAGAAGUACAACAAGAAGCGGAAAAAGAAAGAUUAAGUCGAGAGAAAGGUACAUUUUCUGAAUCUUACGAUGAAUGUACUAAUCCAUCCACUUCCGAUGGAAAUUAUCCAUCGACUUCUUCGAUUCCCUCGACAAAUACUUCAAACCUUCUAUCAUCAGUACUUAUCAAUAAUCCACAAACACAAUCAAGUAACCAUUCAACAUCAUUACCUUGUACAGUAUCAAAACGUCCACAAAAGCUCUCUACUACGGAUGAGUUAGCAUCUCCCAGUUCACUUGUACAGACGACGACAACAACUAACACACGCAAUACGCGAAUUUCCAAUGGAAAUAAUAAUAAUAACGACGACGAUUCAUCAUCGACAUACAAACAACAGAAGAAACCUUUAAUUAAACCUUCGAAUACACAAAAUACUCAAAAUCGAAGGCAGCAGAAGAAACAAGAAACAAGAGAACAAACUCGAGCUGCAUCGCGAGACUCAUCAUCAUCGUAUAAGAAUGGAUUUGCAUCAAUGGAAACUUCAGAUAAUGAAAAGAAUCUUCAGAUCAGUAAACUCGAAAGUGAUAUUCAACGACUGAAUCAAUCGAUCGAAAAGCAGAAAUCGGCCGAAUUGCAACUUCGUACCCAACUAAACGAUUUGAAAAACGUCCGCAAAGAUCUCGAGGACAUACGCACAGAAAAUGGUUCAUUGCAAACAAAAUAUGAAGCGGCCAAUAGUCAAAAGAAUCGUGACAAACAACGUCUAGUUGAGCUUGAAAAGGCACUCAGUGAAGAGAAACAGAAUAAACAACGACUAGAAACACAGAUCAAGACCGAAAAAGCAUUGACGAAGAAACUUCAAGAUGAUUUGACGAAACUGAGUUUGGCGCCACCCAGAAGUGAAUGUACAGAACAGUGUAUGAAACGACGACGUGAUCAAGAGAAUGAAACGCGAGAGGUGCGUAAAUUACUCAAUGAUAAAGAUGAACGAAUUAAAUUGCUCGAUAAUGAAAUAAAGACUCUUUUGAAAUAUCGUGAAUCUCAAGCGGAUACUGAAGUGCUCUAUCAACAUUUAUCGCAACUGCAAGAACGCAAUGCACAUUUACAGGAUAGUCUUAGUGCUGAAACACGAAUUAAACUCGAUCUUUUCUCUGCACUUGGUGAAGUGAAACGACAAUUAGAAAUUGCUAAUGGUGCCAUACGAGAAAAAGAACGUGAACUCAUCGCGGCGCUUCAUUCCCAACAUCAAGUUAACAACUGUCUAUUUAACGGUCAUCCUCAAUCGUCUGGCCAUUCGUCUCCAACCAAUCAAUUGAUUGAUACGAACAACAAUCCAACAACAAGUCCAUCAUCAGUGUUUUACUCUCCACCAACAACAAUCACACCACCACCAUUACCAUUACAAAAUGCGGCCUCCAGUCUCGAUCCAAAUGCUCAAGAUUUCUAUUUGUCUGCAAAUAAUGUCUAG